AUGCGCGUGCUUCUACUCUUUGCCUUCCUGGCCUCUUUUGCCAGCGCUGCCGUCGACACUCUAUAUGGAAACUACGCCAUCAACAGCGUGAUAUGGGGAGGGAAUAUGACUCUUGCGGGAGCCCACUCCGAACAAGUCAGAUUUGCGGGCGCCACCACCGACAGCUACUGGUUCAUUGAGGAAAUUGCAGAAGACGUCAAACCAUGGCACAUCUUGUGGAAGGGCUCCCAUGUUACGGGCAAGACCCAAUACCUCAGUUUCAAUGAAUAUAAGCGUGGGGAGCUUGCUACGACCAACCAGGAGUGCGGUUCAAUUUUCGAGAUCGAAUAUGCCUCCGACGGUUUCUUCGUAUUUUCGCCAGUCGAAAGAUCAGACAGAAACGAGAAGCUGUUCUGGACGCUCAAGUACAACGAAAGUGAGACCGAUCCUGAUAUAUAUUUGUCGCUAGACACCGAGAGAGAGUCAGCAACACAAGCCUUCACCCUUAUUUACCGCCCUGUUAUCCCUUGA